AUUUGGUUUAAGGAAAGAGGUUUUAUCUGAACCACAGGAAUGUCUACAUGGAAAUAAACAAAGUGACGAUAUCACGUUUUGCAGAAGUAAUCAUAUGGCUGAAACAUCAUAUGAAAAUAUUCCACAACAGAACAAAUUACCUUAUUUAAUGAGCAGUCACCCUGAAAUGUGUGUUGGCCUCCAAGAAAUCCCAAAUAUCACUUCAGACAAAACCGAAGACCAACUUAAAAAAGAAGAGAUAUUCUGCGACCCCUGUCUCCAUGGUGACCUAAAAUCAAAAGCUACGCUUUUCUGCAAAACGUGCGAUGUACCAGAACCAUUAUGUGCAGACUGUGGUGUCCAGCAUACUCGUCACAAAUUAUGCAGAAAUCAUGAAUUAUGUGACAACAUGGCUGAACUCUCCAUCACAAGAGUACCUUUUAAGCCCAAAGAAAAUGAAUCAAAACAAAGUGAAUUCUUUUGUGAUUCCUGUGUUUUUGAAAACAUAAAAUCCAAGGCAACGCAUUUUUGCAAGACAUGCGAAGAUCCAGAACCAUUGUGCAACAAAUGUGCACAACAGCACCUUCGUCAUAACUUGCAGAAAUCAUAUAAUAUGUGACGUCAUUGAACAAUUACAUGAUAUAAAAGUAGCAGUAAAGGAGAAAGAAAACCAAUACAAGCAAUUAGAGGUUUUGUGUGAGUCUUGUCUUUUUGGAAAUUUGAACAUCAGGGCAACACAUUUCUGCAAGACCUGUGAAGAUCCAGAACCAUUAUGCAACUCUUGUGCGCAACUACACAUACGUCAUAAAUUAUGCAGAGAUCAUGAAAUAUGCGACGUCAUUGAGGAACUGCUUGACAAAAAAAUAGCAAUAAUUCAAAAAGAAAAUGAAUCAAAACAAAGUGAAUUCUUUUGUGAUUCCUGUGUUUUUGAAAACAUUAAAUCCAAGGCAACGCAUUUUUGCAAGACAUGCGAAGAUCCAGAACCAUUGUGCAACAAAUGUGCACAACAGCACCUUCGUCAUAACUUAUGCAGAAAUCAUGAACUAUGUGACGUCAUUGAAGAAUUACAUGAUAUAAAAGUGGCAGUAAAGGAGAAAGAAAACCAAUACAAGCAAUUAGAGGUUUUGUGUGAGUCUUGUCUUUUUGGAAAUUUGAACAUCAGGGCAACACAUUUCUGCAAGACCUGUGAAGAUCCAGAACCAUUAUGCAACUCUUGUGCGCAACUACACAUACGUCAUAAAUUAUGCAGAGAUCAUGAAAUAUGCGACGUCAUUGAGGAACUGCUUGAUAAAAAAAAAAAAAGCCAAAGCAAAGAAACCGAGGUUUGGUGCGAAUCCUGUCGUUUUGGGGACUUAAACACCAAGGCAACUCAUUUCUGCAAGACAUGUGAAGAUCUAGAACCAUUGUGCGAAAAUUGUGCUCAACAGCAUGUACGUCAUAAAUUAUGCAGAGGCCAUGAGAUUUGUAAUGGCAUCGAAGAAUUCCUUGAUAUGAAAGAAGCAUUAGAUAAAAAGUAUAUUUAACAAAUCUAAACAAGCCUGAAAAGUGUGAGCCUGUAAACUUAACAAAGAAGUAGAGAACCAAUACAAAAGAACUGAGGUUUGGUGUGAGCCCUGUCGUUUUGGAAACCUAAACACCAAGGCAACCCAUUUCUGCAAGACAUGUGAAGAUUUAGAACCCUUGUGCGAAAAUUGUGCUCAACAGCACGUACUUCAUAAAUUAUGCAGAGGCCAUGAGAUAUGUAAUGGCAUCGAAGAAUUCCUCGAUAUGAAAGAAUCAAAUCAAAAUGAAAGCCAAUCCAAACUAAGUGAAAUUUUAUGUGAUCCUUGCCUUUUUGAAAACCUGAACACCAAGGCAACCCAUUUUUGCAAGACUUGUGAAGAUCUUGAACCAUUAUGCGACAAAUGUGCACAACAGCAUAAACGUCAUAAAUUAUGCAGGGAUCAUGAAUUAUGUGACACAUUAGAAGAAUUCAUUAACAGUCAAGUAUCAAUGCGCAAAAAAAAUAGUGCAGAAAACCUGAAAAAAAUCGAUGACAAGUCUCCUGGAAAACCUUAUGCAGAAGAAAUCAAAUCGGAUUCAGUGCGUCUCUUUUGGAACAAAUCGAAUCAACCAGCAGACCAUUAUCAGAUUCGGUUCAAAGCCAAGAACGGCAACUUAAAAUGGAAAUUCACAGAUACAGAUUCAGACGAAAAUAACGUCAACAUUUCUGGAUUGAUGGCGCAUACAAAAUACAUAUUUCAAGUCCGUGGAAUAUUUGGAGAGCAAGAGGGUCCAUAUGGUCAAGCUAAUGAAGACAUUGAAACAAGAAAGUCUUUAGGAACAACAUUUUUGGAGUUUUCUUUAUUGCAGAACAACACGGAUUGUCCUCCAAAAUAUUUACUUCCGAUACAAGAAAAUAAAAACGCAAGAAAUUCAAGCGCGCGAACAAGACAGUUAACGCUUGGACAACCAUUGAAAGACUUUUGUGAGGAAAAAACCAUAAUGUUAGUUGGAGCAACAGGUUCAGGAAAAAGUACUUUAGUGGAUGGCAUUGUCAACUAUAUAAUGGGUGUAAGUUUUGAUGACCCAUUUCGAUUCAGGAUAGUCACUUUAGAAGAGGAAGAAAAGAAAUCCCACAACCAGGCCAUCUCACAGACAGAAUGGAUAACGGUUUAUAAAAUAUAUCCAACAGAAGGCAGUCGACUAAACUACACCCUCAACAUUAUAGACACACCAGGAUUUGGUGACACAAGAGGAAUAGAACGCGAUCAUGCUAUCAUCGAUCAGAUUCGACAUUUGUUUUCUGCACAAGGUGACCAAGGUGUUAUGUUUAUUGACGCUGUAUGUUUUAUUGUCAAGGCACCAGACGCACGUCUCACAGUCGUUCAAAAGUAUAUAUUUAGCUCAAUUAUGUCCUUGUUUGGAAAAGAUAUUGAGUCAAAUAUUUGUACACUGAUCACUUUUGCUGAUGGGGGAAAGCCUCCCGUAAUUGCUUCACUGAAGGAAUCUAAACUUCCUUUUGGAUUGACAUUUAACUUCAACAAUUCAGCUCUUUUUGCUGAAAACAAAGGCCUUACACACAAUACAUUGUCUCCAACGUUUUGGGAAAUGGGAUGUAGUAGUUUUGAAAGAUUUUUCAGACAAAUACAACAAUUGGAAACAAGAAGUCUUUGUCAAACAAAAAACGUACUGGACGAACGAGAGCAACUAAAAACUGUAAUCUCAAAUAUUCGACCACAGGUUUCGGCAGGCUUGUCCAAAUUAUCUGAACUGCAGCAACAGUUGGAUAUUUUUACAAGAUAUAAAAAUGAAAUAAGAGAUAACCAAAAUUUUGAGUACGAAGUUGAUGAAAUAAAGCAGGAACAAAUAGAUCUUCCUAAAGGUCAGCAUGUAACAAAUUGUAUUCAAUGCAAUGUCACUUGUCACGAAAACUGCGGUAUAGCCGAUGAUGAUGAAAAAAGUAGAUGCUGGGCAAUGGAUAAAAGAACAGGUUGCUGUAGAAUAUGUUCCGGGAAAUGUAUAUGGUCAGAUCACAAAAACACCCCAUAUAUUUUCAAAUACGUUACCGAAACUGUUAAAAAGACCUAUGCUGAAAUGAAACAAAGAUAUGAAGCUGCUCAGGGACAAACACUUACGCACGAAAAAUACAUUGAAGAAUUGACAUAUGAUGUUGAUGAAUUAUUUGAUCUCAUUACGGCAAUGAUGAAUGAUAUGAACGACUGUAAAACAAGACUAAAAGAAAUUGCAUUAAGACCGGAUCCUUUAACUGCAGUGGAGCACAUUGACCUUAUGAUUCAGUCUGAAGAAAUCGAUAAACAACCAGGAUUUCUAAAAAGGGUACAGAUGCUGAAAGAAAUUAAAAAAAUGGCACUCGUAGAUCAGGAUGUGAAUAGUUUAGGGCAAAAUAUCCGUGUCACAAGAGAAAACAUCAAGUCAGUGACGGGAAAAUCGUUUCAAACCAGAGUCAGAAUCAAAAGAAAGAAUCAAGGCAAUGCGUUUACCCGGGGUUUUCAAUACGUAAAAAACUGUUUUAAAUAAUUUCUGAAGGUUUUUUAAAAAGACAAUUAAUAUACCUGGACAAAAAGAAGGUUUCAAGGAACAACAUAUUAUAAUAGAAUUAAAAAUUUGAUUUAUGAGUAAUUUUUCAUUCGAUACAAAACUUCUCAAAAAUAGUAAAAAAAUAAAAAUAAAAUAAAAGUUGUAAUAAAUCGAACCAUCCAAAAAUUAUCAUAAUGUAGUAGAGAUUGAUACAGGUUGCUUUUCAACCAAACUUUAUGUUGGCAUGAAACAAGAUAAGUGAUAACAUUUUCAUAAUGUUUAAAACAAAUGAACUGACGGUAUUAUGGACAGUAUACCUUGCAAAUCUACUGUCGAAUAUUAGCAGGAAAGUAGUUGCAAAUCAAGAUAUGUCGUUAAUCCCUUGCGACAAAACCUUGAUAAGAACUACAACCUCAAAACUAGGAUCCAAGUUUUUUUAAUCAUUGGAAUGCCAAGAACCUAUUUCUUAGGCCAUAGAGGCAUUGUUUUGUGUAUUAUUAUGGUAAUGGGCAAAUGUAUACUGUUUGUGGCUUUUUUAGUCAAUUUAUUUUAUUACUUUGCCUUUCCCUUUGCACUUUGUAUUCACAACUGUUGUGGUUACUUUAUGGGGUUUUUUCUGUCGACGAUGUGAGUUACUUUUGUGGGUUACCUUUCUGGUGUGCUUGGUUUUUUUUAGACGACGUGGGUUAAUUACCUUUAUGUUUAACUUUUUUUCUAAAGACGAUGAGGUUACUUUAUGUUUUAGGUUUUCUUUUUAGACUUGGUCGCUUAAACAAAACAAGAAGAUCAUGAGAAGUUUGUGAUGCAUAAUGCUUUGAAUCAUUUAAAGAGGCUAUAUUUGGAACUUUUCUUUACCUUUAGUCGGCAGAGGGGGUCCUUAACUUUUUGUAGUAUUUUGAUUUUGAUUUUAUGAUAAAUUUAAUCGGAAUAUGAAGUGUUUAAAGUGUAAAUUUAAAUACAGUUUGUCAAUUCAUGAGUUUAUUUGUUGCUUAAACGUAUAACAGAGACUUGUACAGGACUUGUACAGGAGAUGUAUACAAUUGGACCAUUACCCGUAUGAUUAUUCCGUUCUCCUUCCAAACAAUCUGUUGAUUUUCUCUUCUUUAAUAGUUACGCUAAUAAGAAUUUCCGCACUAUUUAAAUAAAAUAUGAUUCGCUGAUUGUUUUUACUAGAUGUGUCUUUGAUUUCACAAUUUUUUUAAAAUAAUUUGUUGCCUGCUCUUGUAUAGAGCUUUUGUUAUAUUAUGCUUUUGAUUUUAUGAUAAAUUGAAUUGGAAUAUGAAGUGUUUUAAGUGUAAAUUUAAAUACAAUAUGUAUUCAAUUCAUGAGUUUAUUUGUUGCUUGCUCUUAUGUACAGGUAAAAGUCUUAUUAUUAAUUAUAGUUACUGUAGAAGCACAUAUUUUCGUUAGGUCAAAAUUUCGUUGUUUUUAAGCCAAAAAAAAUUUCGUUGACAUUUAAUUUCCACAUAUCGUUAUCUCUUUGAAUUCUUUAAAAAUUCGGUUAAAAAUUCGUCAUGAAUUUAAUUUCGUUGAUUUAUACAGCCAACGAAAAUAACAAAAUUAAAUCCUCAAUGAACAUUUCUGCGUCUACAGUAUAUUAUAUACUACAUCUUUAUUGUCAUUUGUAUGAGUGGUAGAUGAAAUGGUAUAUAAGAUACACGUUUACUUUCAGUUUACCGUUAGCAAUUUAUCAAAAUGUGAAAUGAUGAAAAAUAUAUUUAUGCUCACAUGAAAUGUAACUUUUAGAGUUCUUUAAAAUAAAUUGAUGGAUAACUAUUAAUAGUCACUUAUUUGUUAAGCUCGCUUAGCGGUACAGAUAAAAUCUAAAAUGUUCACACGACAGAUUUACAUUAUAUUUGGUAAUUUCUUUCAAAAAGAAAAUGUUAAAUGAAGAAAUUUAAUUCAGAUUUAUCUUUUUUUUUUGUACAAAAAAAUGUCAUGACUUAUACGGUCUGUACUUGGUUUACAUUUGGGUUUUUUCACUAUUUGCAUUUAUUCUUUAUUUUAUAAAUCAAGGUAUCAGAUUUAUUUCUAUUCUUUUUUUUAAUUGUAUCCGGGUAAAAGAGGGGAUUUUCUUUUGAAAAGAAUUAUAUAUUAAUCUUGCUUAAAUCAAUUUCGAUUUCUUUUUACUGAUAUAUAGAUGAAUAUUAAAGUCAGAAUACUUAAUAUUUAUAAGUGAAGAUAACUCUAUAAUAUGUUUGGGUUUUUCUUUUUUAUAAUUUAAACAAUUUUAUAAUAAUUGUGCAAGAGUGAUUAUUUGAAUCUGUGAAAAAGUAUAUUUCAAAGAGAAUAUUUGGUUUUCUUUUAAAUUUUUUUAAAAUUUGACAAAUUCACUGGUAUUGUUUGUGUUGACAAAAAAUAUGUUGAAAAAUGAUAAUAAUCUAAAGUUUCUUUGCACAAAGCCGGUUGAAUAUUCAGUUUUGAGAUUGACACAAGUGUGCUAGUGGAGUUUUAAAUAUUUAUAAAGCCCUACUUACAUAUAUUAUAUGUAUUAUAAAAAUCGUUUCAUGUUUAUUAAUUGUUUAAUUCACAAUAAAAAAAAAAAGAAAAUUAUAUUUUCCUUAUUGUACUUUAUUUUGUUCCAGCCAGAAAAAUCUGAAAUAGCAAAUACAAGUACAAAUACACAGCAUGAAUUCAUAUUUAAUCAAAUUCACAAUAACAGAAGAACAGAUACAAUGUAGUUGGUUCAUCAUUUGAAUUUUGCAGGGAAAUCCCAUUAUGUACCAAUACAAUUCCUAUAUUCCACUGUUACGAAAGCUGGUAUUAUUAAAUUAAAAUGGCUUUAUCGGAAAUGUAAUUAACUUUCAAAAACAUUUUAAAAUAUCACUCAGAAUCACUGGAUGAACUAUCAUUCUCAACCGCUGGUUCAUUACUGGAGGAGGCUCGUCCUGAAAUUAAUUAACACUGUCUAUAGUUAUAA